AUCCCUCUUUAUUAUUCUACCUAUCUUGAUCACUUUCUUUAAUUCCCCUACACCAAUUUUUAUGCCUCAUUUCUUUAAAAACUAGUGUUUGAUUUUGUUAAUUGAUUAUCUCUAUUAUCACUUUUCCUAUUCAUAAUGACUUUGGCAAAUAGGAUUACCAUAUUUCUGCUUAGGUUUUUGGCCUUAGGGGCUAGUGUUACAGCCAUUAUUAUUAUGGUCACUAGCCAUGACUCUGCUCAAGUUUUGGGCAUGACCUUUGAAGCCAAAUUUGCUAACACACCAACAUUCAAGUACUUUGUUGGAGUGAAUAUACUAGCAAGUGCCUAUUCCCUCAUAGUUCUCUUUUUCCCUACCAAGAAGAUGCUGGGACGCAUUCUGCUUAUUACAGAUAUACUUAUGACAUUGCUUCUGGACUCAAGCAUAUCAGCAUGUUUGGCAAUAGCUCAAGUGGGGAAAAAGGGAAAUACUCAUGCAGGUUGGCUACCAAUUUGUGGCCAAGUUCCAAAGUUCUGUGACCGUGUUACCGGAUCUCUUAUUGCUGGCUUUGCAGCUGCUAUACUCUAUUUUCUUCUUCUUCUUUUCUCUUUUCACAAUGUUCUUAAUCUUUACACACUCAAAGCUUAGACUUUUAUUAUAUCCUCCUCUUUCAAUGGAGAGGAGAUUUUACUUAUUACCCUUAUCGCCUUUUAUUUUCGUCAUUUUUGUACUCAUUUAUGUGUUUACUGAUGACUGCUAUAAAAUAUUAUAGUAUGAAAAGAGGAUUUCAAGAC